CUGGCUUCUGAUGUUAGGAACUAGAAAGAGAAAGAACUAAAUGGAAAAAGGCAGUAGCGACAAGGCAGGGCACACAUUUAAAAAGAGAGGGACAGACGGUGUGGGAGAUGAGCAGGGGGUAGAAGCAGGCGUGACGGGUCAGGUAGCAGCCAGGGUUUGGGAGACCCACAGCGCUAGGCUGGGUGGAGACAGCGGCUGGAAGGGCGGUGGGGGCUCCCGCUGGGAGAAAGCGGGAAAGGGGCAAGCGGGGAGCUCGGAAGGGGGGUGGCCAGAGGAGUUGGGGCCCGGGGCCCGCCCGGCACCCCGCACCUGGACGGGAGCAGCGCGUCGGGAGCGGCCGCACGUGGGUGCGAGCGGCGGCGGGGAGGUAACUGGUGCCGGGCGCCGCCGCAGCAAUGGCCGGAAAAGCCCGGGGGCACGACCGGGAGCCGCGGGCCGCCUCACACGUGGGCUGCGCGGCCGCCGCCCGCCGGGCCCAGCCUGCGCGGCCGCCGCGGACUGGCCGAGGCCCGGCGCGGCCGACGUCGGGAAAGGGUCGGCGCGCCGGCCAGGGCGCGGAGACGGGGGCGGCGAACUCGGUUACCUCUGCCUGUUUCCGGACCACAUUGUCGGGGCUGAGCAGGUUUCCUAGGAGCAGGAGAAAACACAUUUGCCACUGAAGAUUUUGUAUGAUAUCAUCUUGUAGCCAAAGCAAAAGUUGUGGGAGGAAGCAGCAGAAGAUGAAGAUGAAAUAGGCUGGGGCUGAUUACAAAACACCAUGAAGCUUGAUGGAGAUACCUCUUACUGGGCCUCUCUGAAUCUGCUUCAUCAGAUGCGUGACAUAGCCUGCUAUCUUGUUG